CGUAAAGCUGUCAUUUUUUGUAAGAUCUGUAUUUUCAUGUGUCUUUUGUUUAUAAAUAUUUGGGAAAGAAUAUCUGUAAUUACGCCUUUCUUUAAAUGCUUUAAAUUGUCCUAGUCUUAGGUUGAUUGGAAUUAUAGCAAAUGAGAGCAGAUUUUAACGUUAAGAUUUUGUUCGAACUACAGUAACAGAAUAAUACUUCAGCUAUAUACACGUACAUCUUUUGCCCAUUAGGGCCUCGGGACUUAAAUUACCCUUAUAUUGGAAAUUAAAUGCAGCUUUUAUGAAGUCUGUGUUUAUUCACGAUAUCAUGAUACACAACACGCGACACAAAAUAGAGUUAACAAGGGUAUUUCUGGAAGAUGAAGCUCAGAUAAAUAAAAAACUACCUAAAGAAUUGCUUCUAAGGAUUUUUUCAUACUUGGAUGUUGUGUCGUUAUGCCGCUGUGCCCAAGUAUCUCGUGCCUGGAAUAUCCUUGCUCUUGAUGGCAGCAACUGGCAGCGAAUUGAUCUAUUUGACUUUCAGACUGAUGUUGAAGGAUCAGUAAUAGAGAACAUUUCUCGACGAUGUGGAGGCUUCCUGCGAAAACUGUCACUGCAUGGGUGUCAGUCGAUUGCAGAUGGCUCUAUGAGACUACUGGCUCAGCUUUGUCCCAAUGUAGAAGAUCUCAACUUGAACCAGUGCAAAAACCUGACCGAUAACACUUGCCUAUCGCUGAGCAAGCACUGCUCCAAGCUACAGAGGCUGGACCUUGGUUCGUGCUGUGCCAUUACCGACAUCUCACUGAAGGCCCUUGCAGAUGGCUGCCCGCAACUUACUCACAUAAAUAUCUCUUGGUGUGAAAACAUCACAGAAAGUGGUGUUGAAGCACUGGCCAAUGGAUGCGAAAAGCUGAAAUCUUUCAACUCAAGUGGUUGCGUUCAACUCACUGACAAGGCCAUAAGCUGCCUUGCACAGCAUUGUCAAGUUCUACAAGUAGUAAAUCUCAAAGGAUGUAUUAAUAUAGAGGACAAAUCGGUGACAUGCCUGGCUGAAAGUUGUCCACAGCUGCAUUAUGUGUGUCUGUCUGGCUGCUCACACUUGACUGACACGUCACUCAUAGUUCUGGCUCAGUACAGUCACCAGCUCAGUACGCUUGAGGUGGCCGGCUGCUCGCAAUUCACCGACACAGGCUUCCAAGCUCUUGCUCGUAACUGUAGGCUGCUGGAGAAGAUGGACCUGGAGGAAUGUGUACUGAUUACAGACACCACACUCAUACACCUGGCCAUGGGAUGUCCUCGUUUGGAGAAGCUGUCAUUGUCUCAUUGCGAACUGAUUACGGACGAAGGCAUCCGUCACCUGGGUACCUCGCCCUGUGCUGCAGAACACCUGACAGUCCUGGAACUGGAUAACUGUCCUCUAAUCACUGAUGCUUCCCUCGAGCAUCUCAUCUCCUGCCACAACUUGCAGCGUAUUGAGCUCUAUGAUUGUCAGCUCAUAACACGAGUUGGCAUCAGAAGGCUUAGAAAUCAUUUGCCUAACAUCAAAGUGCACGCUUACUUUGCACCAGUUACUCCUCCGCCUUCUACUGGUGGUUCUCGGCAACGCUACUGCCGCUGUUGUGUCAUUUUGUGAGACGCUAACAGCUCAUUUAUUCUUAAUAUGUGAUACAUUUCUUAAGCAGAUUGUUACGAACAUAAUCCUACCCUAAUUUAAUGUUUUAAUAAUGUUUAGAGUAUAAACAUGUACAUUUAAACGCUUUCAAAGGAAUCUUGUCGUACAUGACGAUAUAUAUGUAAUAUAUAUUGUCUUUUAUUUCUUAGAAGACGGGUAUCGGGAAUUAUCAUUUUAUUUCUUUAAUUUUGUAUGCAAAGUAUAACAAAAACUUAAAUAAUGAAUCUGUGGUCAGAGAUGGAGGCGCACUAUCCAGCACCCUCAUUCACCUUGCGCUGUAGUGCCUUUAUAUUAUAUGCCUUGACCUGAGUGAACGUAUUGACAAAUUCCCGAUUCCCUUCUUUCUACUGUUGGCGUUUACUUUCCGUAACAGAUAUUUUAUACAUAAUAUCUUAUUGUUAAGUAUUAAUGUGUUAUCGGGUUAUUUUUAUAUGUUUAUAGUUAGAGGGAGAUAAAAGGAGACCAUUGUUUGACAUAAUGUGGGAAAUUAAGUACUUAUACAUAUUAAGUAAUGUAAUAAUAUAAGUUUUUAUUGAUAUUUAUGUUGUCAGUUUUAUGGUAUGCAUAUAAACAUAUAUGAUUUAGAUGAGAAAUAUAAAUUCGAAGACUUGGUGUUAGUAGGUUUUAACAUCCUUUAAAAAGAAAAUAAUUUAGCAUGUGCAGUUUGUGAAAUUCAAUGAUAAACAUUUAUUUUAAUACGAGAAAAAGUAAUCAAAAUUAUGGAUAUGAAAUUUACUGAAUAUUUUAUUGUCACCUCAUGAAUACUGUCUAAUCAAGGAUGUACACAUAUUCUCUGAAAGUUAUAAAAGCGGUAAAGGCUUGUCGUAUAAAAUUAGCAUACUCUGGAGUUGUAGUUGGUAGUUAAAAAAUGAGAAAUCAAAUGGCACACUGGCUCUUCCACUCAUUUUCAUGUUGUGCUGUCAGCCACUGCAGGUUGGGCAAGUAACAGUAUCAGUCUUUUUAGAGUAUUUUUUAUUAUUAUUUUGCUCAACCAUACAAUGUUAGCCAAUAAGGGCUAAUUGGAUGAGGAAAAGUAUGUAAGUAAUGGCCUAGUGAUACCAAACUGGCGCCAAGCCCUCUCGUUAUGAGCCAACACACUAAACGUUCUAAACACUAAAAAGUCGGGAAAUUUGCAAAGUAAGAUUAUAUUAUUAAAUUGAACGAUAAUUCAUUCUAUCAACUGAUGUUCAGCCUUAUUCACAGUGUCUAGAGGUCACAAGGUUAUGUUGGUUACUUGAAUAUCAGAUUAAGCACUGUUUCAUUCUUUUGCACAUUUCAUAGUUUUCAAGAAAAUUAUUACACUUAAGAAUAAUUAUUCCUUGAAAUCUUCACUUUUAAAGAAUAGGCUCCUUCACACUACCAAAAUACAGGGAUGAGCAGUCAUGUCAAAGGCCAUACAUAACAUUCUGAGUUAAUAAACAAUCAGGCAUAAAGAGGGAUAAGAUGGUACUCUCACAGGGUGCUACUUCUAACCUCCCCUGUAUAUAACAGUUGCAUAAUACCUUAACCCUUUUCACUUGGAUUCAAAUUUAUGUGAUUGUCCUCUCAGCUCGUGGGGCCACUAUGGGUGGCCACAGAUGUUCUCUCUGUCAGGUUGAAGGUUUAUGAACACAACCUGUCCCUCGGCUCACCAGGAGAUUAGUAUGUGUCACACUUAAUGGCUUUCCGAGUGCAAUGGGUUAAUAAUUGGCACUAGUAGAAUAAAAUAUGUUAUAUCUGGAUCAAAGUGGGGUAAAUAAGUCUAGGCAUGUAUUAAACAACUCAGAAUACCAAGUAACAUAGUAAUUACACCGCAAAAUAUAACUUUUAUAGAUGAUGCGAUACAAAACCAUAUUUUAAUUUCUGUAUGAAACAAUCAAUACAGUCUUUUCUUUGUACUUUAUUAUCUUGUCAAAGAAAACCUAUGGAAUUUAUUAAUUGUAUAAUUUGUAUCACAGUGUAGUAAAUAUCUUUAAUAUUUCACCAGUUUAGAAAUUCUAGUAGUUUUAAACAAGGAACUUAACCCUUUGUGGAUUGGUGCUGAUAUAUCCCCUAAUGACUAUUUAUAGCGGGCAGUAAGUGGUUAUACUGUAUGCACCAAAUGUUUAAGCUUUCACCGAUAGUUUGGGAAUAUAUCAGCAAAAUUAUUUUAUGAUAAGUAAGAGUGAGCUAGGUGAUAUUAAUUUUUAAUUAAAUAAUUGAUUCUGAAAUCUGUAUUAUAUUGUUACGAUUUUUGGUGUUGGAUUUUGAAUUACAUGCUAAUACACGACUUAAAUCUAAAAAUAUGUAAUGCCUUCUCUAUAAAACAAUGAAUUAAAGAUCAGAUCCUACUCCAGAUGUGAAAGGUUUAGAUAUGACAUGUUCUAUAAAACUAUACAUUUUUUAACUUAAAACUGUUUUACAAACACUUAGUUUGAUUAAACCAUAAAUUGUCAGGUUUACCAAUAAACAAUAAAAUUCACAGAGAAAUAGUAGGUUGGAAAUGUAACACCUGUUUAUUCACUCACAGCUACAGUAAGUUUAGGUAGUUUAAAAAUAUGAGACAACUCGAUAAAUAAUUACAAGGAAAAAAUCCCAAUUCUGUGGUUUUAAACUAGUUUAUCGUAAGUUUGUAGGUUAUGAACAAUGUAUUCAAGAAAAAUAUUCAACAACAAACAAAGAAACAAGUGUAUGUGCGAGCACUAAAUACAGUCCUAAUGAUGCAGCUACAGUAAAUACACUCCUAAUGAUGCGGUAUCUGACACACUCAUGGUACUCUACAAACAUAAUAAAUAUACUAAUUCAUGUUUUUUUUUAGUUACUUUUAGUUUUUAUGAAUAUAUUUAAACUAAUGAAGAGGGUUUUAUCAGAAAAUCAUUCAGAAAUCCGUUUACUUUUGUAUUGAGAACAAUUAUUUUUAUACAUUAUUUAUUUUAUGUUAUUUUAUUCUUUAGCUAUAUUAUUAACUGUAUAGUUUUGUAUUUUUUGUUAUAUUAAGAACAUGUUACAUAAUGUAUUUUAUUUCUUUGGUAAAAUAAUAGUCCAUACUUUAUUUAAUAAAAUAAAUGCAAUUACUUGUAGCACCAAUAAACCUACAGAUUUACCCCAAAUAUUUGUUUGCAUGAAUGAUUAUGGGUAUAAGUAUAACUAUUUUUAAUUAACUGGUUUUGUUUGAAUUAUUAAGUCUUUAGUAAACAACUCUAGAUUAGUCAUGAUGAUAUUUUCACUAGCAUAAUGUAGUUUUUUAAAUAUAUUUUCUCUAAUUAAUUUCAUAUUUUACAAUUUUAAUGGUAAUAAAAUAUUCAGUGCACCUUAAUCACAUUGGGUUUGUGCAUGAUAACUGAAUUUUUAGGAGACUAAUGUUAAUAUACUCUGAUUUAAAUUAACAUAGAUUAUGUUUGUGUUGAUUUUUGUUCUUAUUACAAAAUAUAUUGUGUUCCCAAUUAGAAUUCAAUUGUUAAUCAAAUUAUCAGUACUGGUGAAAAGAUAUUUGCAAGUGCUAAUUAUUUACAUCUAACUGCCAUCAAAACAAAUUGCAGUUUACCUUUAUUCUGUUUGUUUUAACAUACGUAUAUCCACAAUCAAAUAGUUGGUCACCUCUUAUUGCCUUUAGCUUCUUUCUUAUUGAUUAUUGAAUUUCAAACUUGAAACUAUCAAGCCUACAGUAAACCAAGACUUGUAAGAACAGGACUAGUACAGUUGUUCUGUAACAGGAGAGAAUUAUUAACAGUUGUGUUUAUAUUAAUAUUAUUUGAAUAUCAAUAAAUUUUCACAAAAAAGUUUAACCACUGAAAAUUUUCAUGUCAUAUGUUUUAUUUUUGUAAUACAUUGAUAAAAAGUAUAUUUUCUUUAUUCAGUGAAUGAAUUUCACAAUAGAGUUAAUUAUUGAACUGGAUUUAAAGCUAUUGUUUGUACAUCAAAAUUGGAGCUGUAAAUAAAGCCUUUUUUGUAUGUUUUUCCAAACAUUAUUUCAGUCCAAUACAUCAGAAUUAAAACUUUUUCUUUUAAGCCAAUAAUUUACCUUAUAUUACAUAAAUGUUUUCAAAAUUUCUAUGAAGGGUAUCACAAGAAAGAUAAAAAGGAGUGCCUUAGAUUUGCUCUCAAAGCAAAAAUCAUUAUAGUGAAAGAAGUAGUUUGAACAUUACUUUUGGUCUUUAGUUUAAACUGUCCAAAAAUGUAAAGAACUUCAUAAAUAGGAUAGUUUUGUUGUAUUCAUUAAGUUGAACGACAAUUUUUUAAUUUAAAAUGUAUAUUUAUUGUAAUGUAAACUAUACCAUUUUAUUUAUGUAUUUUAAAAUUCAUUUCAAAUAUUUUAAACAAAUUUUAUAAAACUGUAUUUUUGUGUAGUACUAAUUACAGUUACAGAUGGUACUAGUGAUGUGAGCCAAGUUUGACCAUAACUCCUAAGCCAGAUACAACAUUAAAAUAAUUAAAGGCUAAAUCAUGCUUCUUAAUCAGAGAUAGAGAUUCUAGUUUUAUGAUUUUGUUGGCACAUUUUACAAAUAAUAUCAUUGUUCUCUUUAACGAACAGCUCCUCAAACUUGGUGGUAGUUCAAAUGUGGGAUGUAGUGAUUGAUGCUUUUACAGCUAGCUGUACAUAGUGAUUGGGGAUGUAAUGACUUUACAGCUAGCUGUACAUAGUGAUUAGAGACAUAAUGACAUUACAGCUAGCUGUACAUAGUGAUUAGAUAUAUAAUAAAUAUAUACAGCUAGUUGUUAACCUUUCAAAUUAAUGUUGUAUACAGCUUUUCCACAGUGUCAAGCAAGUUAAUAGUUUUAUGGGUGAUCAAAUAUAUAUUAUUUCAUUCAUAAAAUAGUAAGACUUCUAACAUUAAUGUAAAUAGUUGUACUUUCGUUAAAGUUAUAAAAAAAAACCAUAAUAUUUUUGUGUUUGUUGGUCAUUUAUAAGUAGUUGUGAUAUAUUUGAUCUUCGUUAAAUAGUAUUUAAUUGACUAAAAAUAUAAAAUUCUCACAUAAUUUUUUUUAGUUAUCAUAUUAUUGAUAGGCAGUUUUUUAAUCUAUUUUUAAGUCAUGAUUAUUAUAUGUAUGAUUACAUUUUACAACUUUUCCCUUUACUUGAUGAUUUCUGAAUGUAAAUUAUUUUUAUAUACAAUUAUACAUUGAUUAUUUUUGUUCCGUUAUCAAUUAAAAGUUUCAUAUAUAUUCGGAGAUAAGUUUUUUGUUCUUUUUAUUGUUGUAAUUCUUCCACUUUACAUUUGUUUUAAUUAGGCCUAAGUUUAUAAUUUAUGAUUAUUAUAUGCAUGUUAGAUUACGAUUAUACAACUUUUUCUUUAGUUGUUUGAUUUCAGGUUGUACAUUAUUUUUAUAUACAAUUAUACGUUGAUUAUUUUUGUUCUGUUAUCAAUUAAAAGUUUCAUAUCAAUUCAGAAGAAAACC